UCCAACUCACAGCGGACCUGCACGGCCCUGCGGGUGCAUUUUUUGGCUCUCGCUUCGCGUCCCGCUGAUUUCCCCACCCACCCACCCACCCACCCCAGCUGCCCGGCCACCAUGCCGCGCUCUUUCCUCGUUCGGAAGUCCUCCUGCUCCCGCCGGAGGCCCAACUACAGCGAACUGCACGACUGCUCUCCAGACUUGGCCUUCCAGCAGCCCUAUGACCAGGCCCACCUGCUGGCUGCCAUCCCUCCUCCCGAGGUGCUCAACCCGACCGCCUCGCUGCCCACGCUCAUCUGGGACUCCCUCCUGGCUCCCCAAGCGCAGCCGCUGAGCUGGGCCUCUCUCCUGCCCCAGGAGAUGCCCAAGGCUGUGGAGCUGACCUCCCUGUCAGAUGAAGACAGUGGGAAAGGCUCCCAGCCCCCCAGCCCCCCUUCUCCGGCCCCCUCGUCCUUCUCCUCCACCUCCGCCUCCUCCCUAGAGGCCGAGGCCUACGCCGCUUUCCCAGGCCUGGGCCAGUUGCCCAAGCCGCUGAGUGGGCUGGGUAUGUCCAAGGACCCCCAGGCCCGCAAGGCCUUCAACUGCAAGUACUGCAACAAGGAGUAUGUCAGCCUGGGUGCCCUCAAGAUGCAUAUCCGAAGCCACACGCUGCCCUGCGUGUGUGACACCUGCGGGAAGGCCUUCUCCAGACCCUGGUUGCUGCAGGGACACGUCCGCACCCACACAGGUGAGAAGCCUUUCUCCUGCACCCACUGCAGCCGUGCCUUUGCCGACCGCUCCAACCUACGCGCCCACCUGCAGACACACUCUGAUGUCAAGAAGUACCAGUGCCCCACGUGUGCCCGCACCUUCUCCCGAAUGUCAUUGCUGCACAAGCACCAGGAGUCAGGCUGCUCAGGGGGCCCCCGCUGACCCUCCAGGACACCUACCCCUGGCUGCCAUCUGCCCCAGUGCCAGCAGGAAAGACCCCAUGGGCUCCUUUCUCACGGUCACGGAAUUCCCCGCAGAGUUGCCAGCUUGGACUGCUUUGGCCCCACAGCUCUCUGAAGGCUACU